AGCACACAAUGCCGCCGCGACCACGGAUGAGCCUGGGCGACCUGGCGCAGCGCGCGACCGUGACGGGCCUCGUCGGCAUGGGCAUCUGGGGCCUCUGGCUCACGGGCGCUGUCUGGAAGAGCCGGCGGGGCGACGAUGCCAUCCACGGCACGCUCGGCCCCUCGCCCGAAGUCGCCGCGAGAGAGGCACAGAUGCGCGACGCCCUCGAGGAGCGUCUGCAGCGGCAGCAGGACGCGCAAAAGAUCAACCCGCCGCCGCUCAGGCCAUCGUAAGGCUGCCCAUCGACUGCAGCCGACCAUCGACGGCACCCGCGACUCCAGACCUGUGUACUGUACAUCACCAUCACUCUGUCCAUGCUCAACCAUUCACUCGGGUCAAUGUAUGUUGUGUGAAUUGCAG